AAAUCAUCCUAUGUAACUUCCUUAGCGGCAUAGGUCUCCUCCACUCCUAUCGAGGCGGAUACUACAAAUACAAAUAGGACGCGCCUUCCCACACGCUCUCUACUCUCCCCUACGAAUUACACCCAUAGCUGUCGGAGAUGGGAUUUAAGAAAGUGUAUAAGGCAUUGCACGAGAUUUUUCCUGAGGUUGAUUCUAGAAUUCUUAGAGCUGUUGCUAUUGAGCAUUGUAAGGAUCCUGACACAGCCGUCGAGGUAGUCCUCAGUGAAAUUAUCCCCUGUUUGUCUGAAAGAAAUAAGCUCCUGUCAGCUUCUUCUGGAGAGACUGGAGUCACUGUUAAAGCAUCUGAAGCUGCAGUAGAUGCUAAUGGAGCUCCACAGACCGAUGCUGCUCUUCUUCACAACACAAAGGAUUUAGAUGAACUGCAAAAUGGCUUGUCAUUCUAUGAUGCCAGCUGUGGACAUCAUCAAACACUUGAAGAUACUGAUGGUGAAUCCCUUCAGCAUUAUCAUGAUGCUGUUGGUGGAGAUCGUACAGUGCUUGAAGGUGGUACAGCGGUCUCCAGGGAGAAGUGCGAUAAAACCAAUGUCAAAGUUAAUGCUGACGAGUCAUGCAAAGUUAUAUCUGUCAUGUCAAAUGCUGAAGAUAGUCCUAGAUAUGAUGUUUAUGAGAAGUGUGGACCCUCCCUCAUCGAAAAUGAGGAACGUGCUCAGUCUGCAAGUCUUGAAGCAAAUCCUUUCAAAGUAAAAGAUGAUGGAACUGAACUUGCAUACAAUCAGCUUUAUCAGCCUACGGAAUGUGUUGUUUCACAUAAUACCCUUGAAGUGACUGACAACUCACCUUCUGAUGAUUCUACUGCACUUAUUCGCAAAAAAAUAGUAUCUUCAGUAGACAAUCUGGACAUGAAACAUCCUGAGAGUCAGCUUGCUUCCUUGAAUGCUCAAAAUUCUACCUUGAGUGGUUCUGAAAGUAGUAUAGAGUUGGUGGUUGCACCAGAUGCGCGUGACUAUGAGCUAGAGAAAGCAGAACUUAGUGAUACCGUCAAUGUUACAUUUAAUAAUGAUUUGGCUGGUGAAAUGCUUGUAGAUGAAGUAGAGUCUACGCCAAAUCCUGUGGUCACUGCAUCUGGUCAAAUCUGUAGCGUUGACCUUCUUGAGGAUAUGAUCACAGAAGCCAAAAGUAACAAGAAAACAUUGUUUUCGGCUGUGGAAUCUGUUAUCUGCUUGAUGAGAGAAGUUGAACUGCAAGAGGAAGCCGCAGAGCAGGCGAAACAGGAAGCUGCUAAGGGGGGACUGGAUAUGCUUCAGAGGGUUGAAGACCUGAAAGAAAUGCUACAACAUGCGAAGGAAGCAAACAAUAUGCAUGCUGGUGAAGUAUAUGGUGAGAAAGCCAUCUUAGCUACUGAAGUUAAAGAGCUUCAAUCUCGGCUUCUCGGCUUGGCAGAUGAAAGGGAUAAAUCUCUUGCAGUUCUUGAUGAGAUGCAUCAGACACUUGAGGUGCGAAAGGCUGCAGCUGAGAAAGUAAUGAAAGCUGCUGAGCAAGAAAGACUAGACAAGGAAGAGGUCGCACGCAAAGCACUUGCUGACCAGGAAAUCAUUAUGGAAAAAGUUGUGCAAGAGUCAAAUAUUCUGAAGCAAGAGGCAGAAGAAAACGCUAAGUUGAGGGAUUUCCUGGUGGACCGCGGGCGUGUUGUAGAUAUGUUGCAAGGCGAAAUCUCUGUUAUAUGCCAAGAUGUGAGGUUGUUGAAAGAGAAGUUUGAUGAUCGUAUUCCUCUAAGCAAGUCUUUAUGUUCCAGCCAAACUAGCUGCAUCUUAGCCUCAUCUAGUUCAUCUUUGAAGAGUAUGGUUCCAGAUCAGGUGGCUGACCCUGCAGAUUUGUUGGAUGCUCCAGAAAAGAUGGAUACAGCUUCUUAUCAUGAGGAGGAGCACAAGGCAUCUGAAGAUGUAAAGUCGGUGAUCCAUGACAAGGAUCUUCUAGAUGAUGAAUGGGAAAUGUGUGACAACCGCGAGUUAUGUAUGUGAAUAAGUGGUAUAUGUCGUGACUAGUAUAGAAAAACCAUUGACUGCUUGCUUUAGCUCCAAAUCUCUCAUCUAUUAAAUAAGUUUCUUGGUAGAAACUUUUUUUGAAUUCAAGUUUGUUAUGCCAUUUUGCGAUGGUGGUUGAGAGCUAUUUCAAACCUGAAGUAUCUUAUCUCGAUUUUGAAGUAUAUGUACAGAACAAGUAUAUAAUAAAGGCUUAUAUAUAGAGAAGUACAUCAUGAUUUUAGUCAA